GCUUGAAUUCUCCUCUGGCCGCCUUCGACAACACGCAGCGCUGUUUUCCGCUGCUGUUGUGAGUUUGUUUGUGGAAGUUCAGCAAAGGUCAAUCCGGCGGUUUCAGAGCUAAAAUUGUGUAUUUUUAAAUGUCAGACUACAUUUCACUCCCAUAAUCUGAAAAAUGUUGCUGGAGGAGGUUAAAAAGCUCAAAGUGGCCGAGCUGCGGGCCGAGUUGCGAGGACGAGGGCUGGACUGGAGAGGGCUGAAGGCCGAACUGCAGGCUCGCCUGAUAUCGGCACUAGAAGCUGCACAGACCGGAGGAGAAACCUCUUUAGACGAAGCCAGUUCUCCUAAAGAAGCGCCUCAGAGCGCUACGGUGGGGACGGACGUUACUGAGGUAGAGGCAGAGGGCGGCUGUGAAGCUCCCCGGGAGGAACAUCAGCCCCAGCCUGCAGACACUGAACUCAGGUCGCAGGAUUAUGUCGACCAAAGCACACAAACAGAAACCGAGCCUACAGCCAACACGAGCCUCUCCCAGCCGCCCUGCUCGUGCUCUAAAAGACGAAAAGAGGAGGAAGACAAUCAGCUGGGUUCUGACAAACACUCCCAGCUUUCCAACCAGACGAGCCCAGAAACCCAGUGUGACCAGGAGGCCUCACAGCCGUCGAGUGUCAGCCCUGUAGAAGCUCCUCCCGCUGCUGAUGGUGAGGUGUCUGCAUGUUCUUCAUCAGUGUCCACCGUGCUGAUGUCCCAGCCUGACUGCACAUCUACUGAGGAUGACCAGUCACCCUACAGGGCACCAGACACAUUGGAGACAAGAGUGGAAGGGCAGAACGAAGGCACGAACGUCAAGAGGCCUCAUGAAGAAAAGGGCAGGGAUUAUUAUGAGUUUAAAGAGGAGAUUCAGUAUAACAGAGCCAAAACUCCAGAGCCUGGUCCAGAGAGUGAAGAUGACAUGGAGAUCGAUGAUGAUGAUGAUGUGGUUAGGCUUGAUCUCUACAACAGUGACCUGCACUUUGAAGUGGGUGUGGACGGGUGCAGCGGUCAGCCAUUACUCUGGGAGAAGUUCCCUCUACUGCGGUCAGGGUGUCGGUUAACCCAUGGAUUUAAUCAGGGAAAAGCAGGAUUUGAAGUCAAGUUUGUGAAGAAAUUGUCAGCAGCUACAGUGGACAUGAGUUUUGACCCUGAGCCACAUGUCCUCAGAGUGGGCUGGUCUGUGGACAGCACAAGCCUUCAGCUAGGAGAGGAGGAGCUGUCAUUUGGUUUUGAUGGAGCAGGCAGAGCAGUGACUGCAGGAAAAGCAGAGGAAUUCGGGGAGCCUUUCUCAGAGGGAGAUGUCAUUGGCUGCUAUGCGUUCAUCAGUGAAGGUGGCGAUGCGGAGCUCACAUUUAAUAAAAAUGGACAUUCGUUAGGGGUGGCUUUUCACAUUAAUUCUUCCACCUUAGCUGGACGAGCCCUCUACCCACACAUUUUGUGCAAAAACUGCUCUGUUACCCUGAACCUGGACCCCCAGGGGACAGUGUGGUAUCCUGCACCUCCUGGUUAUUACCCUUUGCCCGUACUUCCAUCUGCACAGCGGACACGGGCCUCUCUGCCCCCACCACAUAGGAAGGAGUGUGAGGUACUGAUGAUGGUUGGCAUGCCAGGAUCAGGAAAGAGCCACUGGGCUCAGAACCACUUAGCCAAAAAUCCAGAGAAGGGUUACAGUCUGCUAAGCACAAACACCAUCCUUCAUUGCAUGAAGCUGCCAGGCCCCGAACACAAAGAGGUACUGCUGCAGCAGGCCACACAGUGCCUCACUCACCUAAUCAGAAUAGCAGCAAACAAGCGAAGGAACUUCAUCCUGGACCAGGCAAACAUUUACCCAUCUGCUAGGAAGCAUAAGAUGCUGCGUUUCCAUGGUUACCGGAGGAGGGCAGUGGUGGUGGUCCCGUCAGAUGCAGAGUGGAGGAGGCGUCUCCAGCAGCAGCAGCAAGAUGAGGGUGUGGAGGUACCUGAAAUGUCUCUGCUGAAGAGCAAAGUGAGUUUCACUCUCCCGGAGCAGGGGGGGCUUUUUGAGGACAUACUGUUUGUGGAGCUCUGCCGUGAAGAGGCAGAAAGACUCCUUACAACUUAUAAAGAGGAGGCCAGACGUCUCCUACCUGCUCCGCCCAAACGCAAGAAACACCAAAACAGGCAUCCCAAAUUUCACAUGAAUGUACAAGGCAGACCAUCUGCAUGGAGCCAAAGCUCAUGUAGUCGCCAUCCAUACUCCCAGUCACAGUGGGGACAACAGAAACAAUACGGUUGGCACCCCUCCACAUAUGUUCAACCUUAUGGCUGCAACAGCGAUCCACAGCGGUAUAGGGACUACUACCAGCCAUGCACUGGACAGUGGAACACGUGUGACCAAAGUCAGAGUUACUGUAGUAACCAAGAUUAUUAUUUUGGCAGUCAAGUUUUUUGGUAAACAAGUUAAGAGGCAGUAUAAACAUAUUUAUUUCAUUAGCAUUUGUUAAGCCCCCAAAUUUAGAUUUAUAUUUUAAACAUCUCUGCUUUUAUAGCUUGUAGUCCUUACAAGCUAUAAACACAUUACGGUCUCUAAACACUGUCAUUUGGAAUAGUACAACAAACUGUUGUAGUGAAGACAAUCCAGUGUGGGAUUCUUUUCUUUUCAUACACAGACUGCCCUUCGUUUUGUUCUGUCAUUAGUCAUAAAAUUUCUUAUGAUUACAGCAUUCAAAAAUAUUUUUUCAAACAUGGACCAGCUGUAAACUUGAACUUUACCUCUAUGCAUACUGUUGAAAUAGAUUUGCACUACAGAAGAAACUACAGUACGUUUUUUAGCACAAGUUUUACAAGUAUUAACAGACUCAUUCAGAUGAACUGGAAAUUUUAUUCAGUCUGGAAAGUAUAAAACUUUAAAAGUUGACAACUGCAUCAGUGAUUUUAUACAUUUUUACAAUACGAACUAAAUUUGACAAGCCUUUUGCUAUGUUGGUAAAAACCUUGAAAACGCGUCAUGCUGUGAACGCAUAUAGAAAAAUAAAUUUAUGUAAAUUCUCA